ACCAAAGAUUUUAAAAUUGAUCAAAGUUGUUAGCACUUAUGCUAGUUAAAAUAUAUGCAAAACGAGUAUUGAGAACUACGCUCGGUCGACUUAUGUCGCCUUUUAAUAAGUAAUAUUCCGAUAAUAAAUUGGAAAUUUGGGGCAUAUUAUUAUAAUGACGCACCCGUUGAGAUGAACAGCGAGAUCUGUUAAUUUUCAAAAUGAUCCCCAUUCAAUUAGUUUAUUAAAAAAAGUGACGAAAUUAAAAAAUUUUAUCAUAGAGAUUUAGUUGUACUUUUUAUAAAGCAUUAAUUUAGCUACAACUAUGAUGUCGGAUUUACAAGAAUCUCUUGACCAAUUUUCUACUGGAAAUGAUGAUGUUUUUGCAAAGUAUCAAAACCUAAAUGGUUUCGAUCCAAGUUUGUUUAAUUUUCCACAUCGACCUAUUGAAAAAGAAGCUUUAAAGCUCGAAGAACUAGAGAUUGUGCAAAGAUUAAAUAGAAAAAGAAAAGAAACUUUGGAUUUGUUAAGUAAUCAAGAAAUCAAAACUGAUUACCAAAAUGAUGUUAAUACAGAGCUUUUUGAGAAAGAACUUCCUUUUUAUCAGAGAGUCAAUGUCGGAGAAAGUGUGGGUGGGGUUCCAAUAGAUGAGCUCAAUCAAGCUGGUGAGCUUUUGUGUGAAGCAUUGUUCAUUCGUGCAAAGUACAUGGCACUAAGCUUGCAAAGUUUUAAUCCAAUUACAGCAAGAAGUCUUCAAACAGUUAAUGAAAAAUACAGUUUAAAAGAUUUCUAUGAUCAAGUUGCAGAAGAGAAUAUAGAUUCUCCAAGAUCAAUGUGUGUUCUUCAGGAAAAUGAAAAUCUUACUCCAUGUGGUUCUAUUUGGAAACCAUAUAUAUGUGAUGUUCCUGGUGAUAGUGGUUAUCAGUUUGAACUUAUCAAUGGUGUAUUUAGAGUAUAUGAUAAUAAGGUCCCUAUAGAAAAAUCUCUGGCAUCAGUAAUACAUCCUAUGCCAUGCAUUGAGGAGUUUAUGGAAGACCAAAAGGUUCUACUGUCAUUGUCAACUCACGGACCAAUAAAAUCUUUUACCUUUCGACGUCUUCAGUUUUUGGAAUCGAAGUUUAAACUUCAUUGUUUGUUAAAUGAUGUAAAAGAGAAUGCUGCUCAAAAGGAGAUUGUACAUCGUGAUUUUUACAAUGUUCGAAAGGUAGAUACACACAUUCACGCGGCUUCAUGUAUGAAUCAAAAGCAUUUGCUUCGUUUUAUAAAAAAAAAAGUUAAAGCACAUGGUGAUGACAUUGUCAAUGUUGUUAAUGGAAAGCCUCUUACAUUGUCAAAUUUGUUUAAAGAGAUGAAUAUGAAUCCUUAUGAUUUAAGUGUUGAUACUCUAGAUGUUCAUGCAGACCACAAUAUGUUUCACCGUUUUGACAAGUUUAAUCAGAAAUAUAAUCCUAUUGGUAAAAGCAAACUUAGAGAAAUAUUCUUAAAGACUGACAACUAUAUGGGUGGUCGAUAUUUUGCAGAGUUGAUUAAAGAAGUAGCAAGUGAUCUUGAAGAAAGUAAGUACCAAAAUGCGGAGUUAAGACUUUCCAUUUAUGGUCGCGAUAAAAAUGAAUGGGAUAAAUUGGGUAAAUGGGCCGUAGUUCAUGAUGUGGCUUCAUAUAAUGUUCGUUGGUUGAUUCAAAUACCAAGACUUUAUGACAUUUAUAAAUCAAACAACCAAAUUAAAAACUUUGAAGAAGUUCUUGACAACAUCUUUCGGCCUCUAUUUGAAGUAUCUGUGAAUCCUUCGAGUCAUCCAGACUUGCAUCGUUUCUUGCGUCAGGUUAUUGGUUUUGAUAGUGUUGAUGAUGAAAGCAAGCAUGAGCUUGUUGCUUUUACAAAAAAUAGUUUGUUACCCCAGAAUUGGGACUUGGAUCAUAAUCCUCCUUAUGCCUAUUAUUUGUACUACAUGUAUGCAAACAUAGUCGCUCUUAACCAUUUAAGAAGGAAACAGGGUCUGAAUAUAUUUUCUUUACGACCGCAUUCAGGAGAAGCUGGUCCAGCUCAGCAUUUAGUAUCUGCCUUUAUGCUGGCUGAAAAUAUUUCUCAUGGAUUGUUGCUUAGAAAGGUGCCUGCAUUACAAUAUCUCUACUACCUUGCUCAGAUUGGUGUGGCAAUGUCUCCAUUAAGUAACAACAGUUUGUUUUUGAAUUACCACAGAAACCCUUUGCCUGAGUUUGUUGCAAGAGGUCUUCUUAUAUCUUUAUCAACAGAUGAUCCAUUGCAAUUUCAUUUUACCAAGGAACCUUUGAUGGAAGAAUAUAGUAUUGCUGCUCAAGUUUGGAAACUAACUACUACGGAUAUGUGUGAGCUUUCACGAAAUAGUGUGCUUAUGUCUGGAUUCGAGCACAAGGUAAAGCAACAUUGGUUGGGAGAUAAUUAUCUUGUUGGUGGUCACAACGGAAACGAUAUAACCAAAACUAAUGUUCCAGAUAUACGAGCUUGUUUUAGGUAUGAAACUUUAGUUGACGAGUUACAUCUCAUAUCAUUAGCUGCAAAAGCUUCAAAAGUCUCGAAAAAAUCACACUAUUCAAGCACGGAAGUAUUUGACUGAUUUGGAGUAAAAAUUUGACCAUCAAAAGUUUACUCAAAAUCUCUUUUAAAUUUUAAAAAGCUUUGAGAAAAAUAUUUUUGUUUGAUUUAAAAAAUAUUUUUUUAAUCUUAGUUUAAAAAUUUAUAAGAAUAACUUUUUUUUUUCUUUUUCUUUUUUUUUUUUAAAUUGUAGGUUUAGCGAUAAUUAACAAAAGGCAAUAAGACCUCAUUAAUUUUGAGCAUACAUUUUUUCAUAGUUUUAAAUGUAAAAAGUUUUUAAGGUUUUAUGUAAUGGGAUAAAUUGUUUUACAUUCGGUUUUACGAUAACAUUUAAUAUGAUAACAUUGUAAAAUUUCUUUUUGAUUUAUGAAAGUGUUAAAGUAUUAUAGUUUAUUUCUAUAUUCUCAAAAUUGUUAUUAA